UUAAUACACACCAAGCACUCGCAUGUUGUUUUUUCCUUGUCGCUUCGACAAUGCUAGGAGCUGUGUGAGCGGACCCCGUGCGUACUUUAUAAUUGAUCAUUUUGGAUUUAUUCCCACGCGAGAACUUGAUUUCUGGCCAUCAUUCUGUUUAGGAUCGUCUAUUUUGAUUUUGGUUUUGCACAAUAAUCUCCGGAUUGAUCUGCUAUGGCAGGAAGGAGCCCAACAGCAAUGCUUAAGAAAGCAUCCCGAUCCACAACCUCCCUUCCCCCGGAGCCCAUGGAGAUUAUCAGGAGCAAGGCUUGUUCAAGGAGGGUGAGAAUCAAUGUUGGGGGACUUAACCACGAAGUCUUGUGGAGGACAUUGGAAAGAUUACCCCGGACUCGUCUGGGGAAACUGAGGGAUUGCAACACCCACGAAUCCCUCUUGGAAACCUGCGAUGAUUACAACCUCGACGAAAACGAGUACUUUUUUGAUCGGCACCCGGGGGCUUUCACGUCGAUUCUGAAUUUCUACCGCACGGGAAAACUGCACAUGAUGGAGGAGAUGUGCGCCCUGUCCUUCGGCCAGGAGCUUGACUACUGGGGGAUUGACGAGAUCUACUUGGAGUCCUGCUGCCAAGCCAGGUACCACCAGAAAAAGGAGCAAAUGAACGAGGAACUGAGGCGUGAGGCUGAGACCAUGAGGGAGAGAGAAGGCGAGGAGUUUGACAACUCUUGCUGCCCGGAUAAAAGGAGGAAGUUGUGGGAUUUGCUGGAAAAACCUGGCUCUUCGGUCGCUGCUAAGAUCUUGGCUAUCAUAUCCAUCUUAUUCAUCGUCUUGUCAACUAUUGCUUUGUCUCUCAACACACUUCCUGAACUUCAGGACAAAGAUGAGUUUGGACACCCCAAUGACAAUCCACAACUUGCCCAUGUUGAAGCAGUGUGUAUUGCAUGGUUCACAAUGGAAUACCUUUUGCGCUUCUUAUCAUCACCAAAUAAGUGGAAGUUUUUCAAAGGUCCACUAAAUGUCAUUGAUCUUUUAGCUGUCUUGCCAUAUUAUAUCACAAUUUUUCUCACUGAGUCAAACAAGAGUGUGCUCCAAUUCCAGAAUGUUAGACGAGUAGUUCAAAUUUUCCGGAUCAUGCGAAUACUACGAAUUCUUAAACUGGCCCGACAUUCAACAGGUCUACAGUCACUAGGUUUUACUCUCAGAAGGAGCUAUAACGAACUAGGUUUGCUAAUAUUGUUUUUGGCUAUGGGCAUUAUGAUAUUUUCAAGCUUGGUAUUUUUUGCUGAGAAGGAUGAAGAUGCCACAAAGUUUACAAGCAUUCCUGCAUCUUUUUGGUGGGCCACUAUCACCAUGACAACAGUCGGAUAUGGGGAUAUAUAUCCUAAAACACUGUUAGGGAAAAUAGUUGGGGGUCUUUGUUGCAUUGCUGGAGUACUAGUGAUAGCUUUGCCAAUACCAAUCAUUGUAAACAACUUCUCAGAGUUCUACAAAGAACAGAAAAGGCAAGAGAAAGCAAUUAAGAGACGAGAAGCCCUUGAAAGAGCCAAAAGGAAUGGAAGUAUUGUCUCAAUGAACUUGAAAGAUGCAUUUGCUCGCAGUAUAGAACUUAUGGAUAUUGUGGUUGAGAAAGGAAAGGAUAAUGCAAUUAAACAAGAAAAGCCCAUGGACAAUCACCUUUCACCAAGCAACUGGAGGUGGAGAAUGUCUGAAACAAGCCCUAAUAAGUCUUUUGAGUCUAAAUAUCAGGAGCUAAGCAGGCAUAACUCAAGUGAGCAGUUAAAUAACCCCAUUCGUAGCCCACAGCAUCUGAAUGCACUAAAGCUGGAGGAAAUAUAUAAUCAAAUGACAAAGACACCAUCUCAGACAAAUAUUAACAGCAGCAAGAUAGAGCAGCCCAUUAAAUCACCCAUACAUGAAGAAGAACUAGAAAUGGAAGAAGUUCCGUACUCCAACGACCCAUUGCUCACUGCUCCCGCAGAACCAAUAUUGGACAUGCGGAGUAUCUCUAGCAUUGAUAGCUUUGCAAGUUGUACCGCUGACUUUACUGAAGCUGAUAGGUUUUCACACCCUUCAAAAAUGACUGAGACAGUGCACUUGAGAUGGAUGGCUUGUCCUGGUUCCCUGAAUGAGCAUCAGUCUUUCAUUACCAGGGAAAACACCAAGCUCAUAGAUGGAACUUGUGAACCAAAUGCGAAUGAAACUUAUAGUUUAGGUGUAGAGCAGCCAGGGUGCUCCAAUUUCAAUCGCACAUUGGAAAGCCCCAAGAGCUCACUGAAAGGUAGGAAUCCUAUGAAAUCCAGGCCACUCAAAGUGAAUUUUAUGGAAAUGAAAAGUGAUACUCCUCAGACACCAUCAAGUACAGCUAGACCUUUACCAGUAAUAGUAACAGAUUUAUUAUCUACACCUAAGGAUAUCAGUACCACUCUGCUAGAGGAGAAUUCUUCUGAGGAUCAGAGGCUACCCUUGGGAACCGAUAUACCAGUUUCCCAUAAGACAUCCAGUGAAGAAUCACCACAACCACUGCCUGAGCAGAGAUAUUUUGCAUUCCAAACACCAGGAACAAAGGGCUGUGAUGAUGUAGACAGCGGUGAAGGUGAAGAGUUACUGGUAAAAGAAGAGGCACAUCACAAUAACCAGCAGGAGAACAGCUCCUGUGGGGAGCAUGAUAAGCACAACAAGAAUGAAAACCACAUCAAAGAUGUGUCUGUGGCAGAUGCUGUUUCUCCAAAAUACAGCAGUCAAAACUGCACACACACUGCAGCAGGAGAUGGCAGUAAAGAUGAUAGCCACGCUGGAUACAAAAUGGAAAAUCACAUGUUCACACCAGAAAUUCAUGUGACACCUGGGGAAGGCAGUUUUUCUUCCUCAUGCGAAACCAGCAUGUGA